AUGACUUUACCAAGUGAAUUACCUAAUAAAGACGAGCUUGUGGAGAAAGCACAAGUUGAUUUGUCAAAUUUGAAUUUAACCACCAAUCAAAUGGAAAAACAUAUAGAACGUUCUAAAGGCUUUUUAUUAUCACAGUACAAAGAUAUUACUACAUUUUUAGAUGAAGCUACAGAUGAAUUCGAAAUUGGUCAACUUGUACAUCUUGAAUCAUUUGGCCUAUAUGAUGCGAUGAGUUCAAUUGAGAUAAUGGAUCCAAAAAUGGAUAGCGGGAUGAUAUUAGAAAGUGAUUUAAAUAAACCGCAAUUUAAAUUACAUGCCCGUUUAAGGCCUGAAGAAGUUCUUGGAAUUAUAGAUCGUUUGUUUAAUUGCGAAAUGACAUGGCAUUCCGGACAUUCCCUUUCUCAAACAAUUUUUACUUGCAUGUAUUUUCAUCACGUUUUUGACCUUGGCCCUGAAUUAUUUAUCCAUAAUUCAAAUGAUGAAAACUUGCCUAUCGAGUUCGUAAUAUUAGUUUUAAAGGCGUAUAUUUUGGGAACUGUAAAAUGUUGUCAUUUGGUAUUGGAUGAGAUGACAAAGGGAAAUGUUUAUGAAGAAGAAGAUUUUUCUGCAAAUAAAUAUGGUGUCUCAAUGUAUGAAGAUUUUCCAUACUCACAAAGUAUAAAAUUAAUAGAAGAUGCUGAAGCCUGGAUGGAACAAUGUGGUUGUAAAUGGAUCCGCCAGAAAGGAAACCAAAAUUGUGAAAAUAUUAUUCGAGCAAUACUUUCACGCCUUCGCUUACGAAAACCACGUUGUCAGCAAUAUCCUCAAGCGCAGCGACAUCUUAAUAUGUCAAUACAAUUCCUAAAUGAAAUUAAGGAUGAAUUUAGUAAUGAUUGUUUUGGUUUAGGAGUUGAUGUUACUGGCGCUUUUGAUCCGCUAAUUAAUCGAAAGCUCGUAUCUCAAACACCACCACGACCAACCCAACUUUUAACAAUGCAAGAGUCAGUUGAUGAAAUGAUGAAUAUGUUUAAAAGUCUAAAUUCAACUUGCGAGAUUAUCGAUUAUAAAUCAGCAACUAGCUUAAUGAAUUUCUUGGUUUAUCAUGCUAGCCAGCAACCACCACCUUGUGCUUUCUCGAGGUCAAUUUUACAAUCGACUUUAUGCACCGAGAAUCGUGUUUUUGGUAAAAUGUCGAUGUCUCAAUUGAUAUUCGAUUCUGUUAUAGAAUUGACGAAUCCGCCAAAUAUAAUUUUUUCAUUUAACAAAGAUGUGGUGACUGCAUUACCUAACAGAGCUCAUAUUUAUGCAACCAGAAUCAAAGUAUCAAAACUGGUUCAUAAUUUUGUUGAUAGCACAGUUAAGCCGUUGACAGACCUUUAUCGUAUUUUGUGUCAUAACCGUUCAAGGCAGCGUCGCAAUUUGUGUAAAGUUUUGAAUGAUUGGGAUUUGUUACAAGAAGAAGCAGAACAUAUUGACAAGGAAUUACAGAAAUUAACCCAUGAGGAACCUAUUAUGACAGAUGAAGGUGAUUCUUACUCCUUUCAUUUGUCAUCCUGGGUUUAUCAUACUAAAUUGGAGUUACUAGAAGACAUAUUCUUUCUUGGAUUUGAACUGGAAUUGUAUGGAACUCAUGAAUUUGUGAUGAUAUAUUGGUAUAUUGAUUACUUAUUGGGUGUUCAUUAUCAGCAUUUAGAGAGAACUCACAUGCACAUUACUGGUACCUUAUUUAAUGAUCAACAUGGAAGUUAUCGAUCAACAUCAUCACCAGCAUCUUCUGUAUCCCUACUGGUUAGCCAACAAAUGAUGAUGAUGGCAAAACAAGAUAUAUGUCGAGGGAUCCAUAGGACCAUAUCAGCACUUCGGAAAACUGGACACGUAAUAUCUCCACAGCUUGAGUUUGAUGAUGAAAGUACUAGAUUUUUGCAUAGAUUCAGAAUUUGCAGAACGUUGGGUAGUCCAACAAUACUGUCAUACAAGGAUUUCAAGGAGAUGACACAAUUUGAUAACGUUACGGCAUUAGAGCUUAUCAAUGCAUCUUUGCAAAACUUUCAGGCAGCUAGAUCUUCGAUAGAGAGUUUGUUAGCAAUGGAACCUUUGGAAUUAAAGAUGGAUUUUUGUCAUGUUAAUUUUACAAAGGAAUUACGAGAUAUGCUACGUGUAUGUAUUGCAAAUAUUGUAAAUUUGCAUAAAAUUAUUGAAGAAUAUAAACCAAUGCUUGAUCCAAGUAAUGCUAAAGAAAGUGAUAUCAUUACGACUAGUAAACCCAUACUUGAUCCGAAUAACGAUCAAGAAAGUGUUGAUACCACGACUAGUCGUAAACAGCAAAAGAAGAAACAACAAAAAAGUAAGAAACCAUUGCGAAAGGAUAAUAAAAUAGUAAAUUUUGAAUUUAAGUAUCAUCCUUGGUACACAGUAAUUACAUUAAAAUAA